GGUGUUUCCGCCGGGGCCCGUUCGUUACCGGACCACUCCCCCGGGGCGCGGGGCCGCAGCCUCCAGAAUCACUUCAAAACAAGCGCUGCUGGCAGGAUGCUGGUCUCCCUGCUCUUCCCCCCGGCGAGCUGGCCCGUGCGACGCCUCGGCCGUGACUUGCAGCGGUGCCGGUGGUGGCGUGGGCGGAAGGGGGCUGCCUGUCCCCACCGGGGCCUGCGAACCUCACGGGCAGCCAGCAGCCGUGACGCUGCCCCCGUUUUCACUAGGGCUUUGAAUUUUGGUGAUAAAAUCGCCAUCGUUGACCAACACGGUGAGCACACUUACAGGGACCUUUUCCGCCAGAGCCUGCGCCUGUCGCAGGAGAUCUGUAGGGUCCUGGGGUGCUCCAGCAGAGACCUGAAGGAGGAGAGGAUCUCAUUUCUGUGCCCCAAUGAUGCCUCGUACGUGGUUGCCCAGUGGGCUUCCUGGAUGAGCGGAGGCAUAGCGGUGCCCCUUUACAAGAAGCACCCCGUGCAGGAGCUGGAGUACGUGAUCCAGGAUUCGCAGAGCGCGCUAGUCGUCGCAGCAGAGGAAUACGUGGGGAAAAUAGCCCCCAGUGCUGAGAAGCUGGGAGUCCCGGUUCUGCCGCUUCCUAAGUCUGGUGGCGAUGGAUCUGCAAGUCACGCAGCAGUGGAAGACGUGCCCUUGGCGUCCUGUGCCUCGUGGAAAGACAGGGGAGCCAUGAUAAUCUACACAAGUGGGACCACGGGAAGACCGAAAGGGGUCCUCAGCACCCAUGAGAACGUGCAGGCCGUGACCACGGGGCUGGUUGAAAAAUGGGAGUGGAAGAAGGAGGAUGUUAUUCUGCACGUGCUGCCUUUACAUCAUGUCCACGGGGUGAUCAAUAAGCUGCUCUGUCCUCUCUGGGUGGGAGCGACAUGCAUCAUGUUACCCGAGUUCAGCGCACAGAUGGUUUGGAAGAAGUUCCUAAGCUCCCAAGCUCCCCGUGUCAACGUCUUCAUGGCAGUGCCCACCAUCUAUGCAAAGCUGAUAGAAUAUUACGACAAGCAUUUCUCUCAGCCACAGGUCCAGGACUUUGUGCGUGCCUUUUGCCAGGAGAAUAUCAGGUUGAUGGUAUCGGGCUCUGCAGCCCUGCCUGUGCCUGUCCUGGAGAAGUGGAAGAGCAUCACUGGGCACACGCUGCUGGAGAGGUAUGGGAUGACGGAGAUUGGGAUGGCGCUUUCUAACCCUUUGCAUGGAGUCCGUGUCCCAGGUUCUGUGGGGACCCCGCUGCCAGGGGUGGAGGUGUGCAUUGCCACCGAGACUUUGAGGAGUGGUGGUCGCUCCUACACCGUUCAUGCUCAGGGAGAUGAAGACGGCACACAGGUGACUCCGGGUUUUGAAGGCCAAGAAGGGGAGCUGCUCGUCAGGGGGCCCUCGGUGUUCCGCGAGUACUGGAACAGACCCCAGGAAACAAAAGGCGCUUUCACACCCGACGGCUGGUUCAAAACAGGGGACACGGCAGCCUACCAAGACGGCGUGUACUGGAUCAAGGGCCGCACCUCGGUGGACAUCAUCAAGAACGGCGGGUUCAAAAUCAGCGCUCUGGAGGUGGAGCGGCAGCUGCUCGCCCACCCGCACAUCACAGACGUGGCUGUGAUCGGGCCCCCGGACAUGGUCUGGGGCCAGCGGGUGAGCGCCGUGGUGCAGCUGCGCAGGGGCGAGAUGCUCUCGGUGACCGCCCUGAAGGAGUGGGCCAGGGAGACCAUGGCACCGUACACCAUCCCCACCGAGCUGAUCGUGGUGGAGGAGAUCCCACGCAACCAGAUGGGAAAAGUCAACAAGAAGGAGCUGCUGCAGCGCUUUUACCCAGCCUAACACACGGCCUCGGGCCAGGACCAGGAGCCUGGGGGUGCUCCACUCGCUGCCACAUCCAUUUCCAGGGGCUGAAGUGGUGCCAGCAAGGAUCAGCAGGGGCAGGUCUGCGCUCACUGCACUCCUGUCUGUGAAACAAAGCCCAAUAAAAGUGAGAUUCACCCUG